UUUGUCAGUGAGUAAGUUUGUUUUGAGUGAAGUAAAAUCAAGCGCGGUUGAACUUUUUUUUACAAAAAACAGAAGGCAGCAGUAGCGGAAGAAAAAUUCUUAAAAGAAUUCUUUGAUUUUCACCAAUUUGAGGUUAGGAAACAUGACGAAUUUUAAAGACUUGACAAAUGAUGAAUUGGCUGUCGAGUUGCCGAAGGUGAUAGAUCCGGAAGUAGUUGCAAUUUUGAAAGACGUGAGAAAAUCAGUUCACAAACCCCAGCUACCUGGGAAAGAGAGUGAGGACUCGGCCGAAUGUUCCGCUAUAUUUGUUCGACAAAAUUAUCCGGGAUAUUGUGAAAGUGCAAAAGAAGCAUGGGAUGCAUCAUGGAAUGCCGUAAAUUAUAAUCCUGGCCCAUCAACUUCUGCGAAUCCCGAUUCCAGGAUUGAUAGAUGGGAACUGAUGGAGCUCUGA